AUGGCAGGUGAAACAUCUACCGCUAGUCUGGAUAGCCAUGAUCAUGGUGUAGAACAAUUAAUCCAGAACCUGCAAGAAGAGAGAACUGGUCUUGAUUAUAACCUCAGUAUAGCACAGGCCACCCUGGAGUCGCUGAAAGUCGCCCCAAGGGAAAGAGGUCUUGCAGGGAAACACACUAAUUUUACCUGCAGCAGUUGCCAUUACAAAGGACACCGUGUUAAUAACUGCAUGUUGCAUCCCUGUCGUGGGUACUAUGAAUGUGGCCAGCUCUCAUUACACCGGGAAGACAGAGAUCACUUAAAACAGGUUAGUUGAUAGACUAAAUUUUUAAGCAACAGAAAGUGUUUUCCGUGUUUGCACGGCCUAAUUUAAGCACGAGAGGAGUAGGGAAUUCUCGACAGUUUGCAUCGUCUCGGGUUUGCAUAACUUUCUUGAAUUCUCCCAACCCCAAUCCCUCUGGUGCUUAUAGCAGGCUAUGCAAAUACAGGAAAAAAGUUUUCUAUUGCUCAUAUAAAUUGACUUUCCCAAGAAAAAAUGCAAAACUAUUUGUUAUGGCAUAUAUAUUAGCAAAAGAUUUUAACAUAUCAAAUUAGGAAAGGUAUCAUUGUUUAUUUCAAAACAAUGGGGCGCAUUGAAUAUUCAAAAUAACCGAUGGCAUAGCCUUCACAACCUUGAAGGGAUGUCCCGUGAGUAGCCUCCACCCCCACCCUGUAUCCUUGAAAGAUGCACUCUUCUGAGGUGUGGUUAUUGGUGCCAUAAAGUGAUCUUUAAAAUGUCUACACUGCACAUGAUUAUGGUUUCUGUGCAUUUACUGGUGACACUUAUUAUUGUUUAAUCCAGGCUGAAGCUGAAGUGAAAGAAAUCCAAAAACAGCUGAAGAGAAAUAUGGAUGAAAUGGAAAACUACAAAUUGCUCAAGUAUGUCAUCAUUAUUCAAUAUUGCACAAAAGAGUGUGUGUGUGUGUGUUUUUUUGGAGCAUCCAAUGUUUUAUGUUUGGAAAUUGUUAUAUAAUGUAAGGUUAUCAAAAGGUGACUGAAAAGGCUGAACUUGUACAGAGACACUAACACACUAGAAACAUUGUUGGUUGAAAAUUGUAAUUUGGAGAGAGGACAGGAAAACUACACCAGUAAUUUUAGUAUUGCAUCGUUCGGCUUUUAAUACUUUUUGUCCACACUAACCUGACUCAAUGAAAACUUAUCGAUCACAGAAAAACAGGUAAGAGGUGUGGCUGUAAGGGGAGGUUUUCCAUUUUGUUCAGGGAAAUUUCACAUUUGUCAGGGAAAAGACAAAAGUUUGAAAUUUAAUGUUUGUUGUGACCAUGUAUAAUAUAUAUGUAUGUAAAUUAUUGUUGUCUUUCCAUCAUAAAUUCAGAUUCUUGUCCUUUUUUUUUGCUAGGGAAAGGACAAGAACCAACUUUUUUGCAAACACUAGGAAAAAGCUGCAGUGUCACAAUCCCAUCAAGUAUUCCAACAGAACAACACUAGACAAUGAUCUAAGAAUUUUAGCUACUGCGUGUAAUCAUAGGGUUCCAUCAGCCACUGCAGAUUUAGAGCAGAUAAUUGAGAAUUAUAGAAAUAAGGCAAGUAGGGUGAAGUCUGUGCAGAAUCAUGUUUCACAUGAUUAUAAUCGCACUGUGUACCAGAAACAGAAUUUGAACCAAUGUAAAUCGCCAAUAACAAUCAACAACCAAUGGGCACCAUUUAGCAUGCCUCAUUCACCACCAUACUGUGAAACUCAAAGUCCA